CCGAGGAGAAGAGCGUCGCGUGACACGCGUCCCGCGGCGAUGAUACCGCUGCCCGAGACUCGGCGAGCCGCGCAAAAGUCGGUGACGACAUGUAUCACCGUCGUCUCGGCGAAGACAAUCGCGACAACGUGGCGCGCAAAAGCCGAUAACAAGGACAUAGGCGCGCUCCGUCGACUCGCCCGCCGUGAGACCGUUCGUGCAUCGAGGACGCAUCAGCUACCUGAAGCGGACCCGCUGCGUCGCCCUUGCGACGCGCUUUCUCCUUCCCUAGCCGACGAUCCCGCGCGCUCUCUCGUCGCUGCUCGCUCAUCGCAGCGGCCAACGGAGAUAAUCGCGCCAGAGCUCCAUGCGGCGCGGCGCGACCGACGACACGAUCGACGCCCGCUUAUCGAUACACGCGACGAGGGUCAUAAGAGAUCUGGCAGCGGCGCGAUGGUAUGCCAUUGUCACGGCGAUAUCAGCGGAUAUCGACGACGUCGCCGUGAUGACAAUAAACCCGCGGCUCGCAGCGCUCGGCGGCGCGCUGGUGCCUCACAUGAGCGCGCGUUCGCCGAGAUCAACGAGAGAGUCUCGCGAGCAGCUGAGAGGCCGCGCCGGCGACGUAUGCCGCGUGGUACGUAUAGCGUAUACUCGCAUACACGUACACAGCAAUAUAUAAAACACACAUACGCGCGCGUAAAGGCUGCCGAAUACGCGCGACCGGGCCACACGGAUACUGGCGACGCCUGCGCAGACGGGCGCGUUUAGCGGAGACGCGCUGUAAGCGUGCUCCGUCACUACCGCCGUCUCGGUGCGUUUAUUCGCACAGUUGCCGCGGCCGUGCAAUGUUCGUACGCUCGCGUCCGUCUGUCUGUCUAUCUGUCCGUCUGUCGUUCGACCACUCGCGUUCGCCCGCUUGCUCGUUCGUCGCUUAGCUGGUCCGCGUCGGUCCGCGCGCCGCAUCUCUCGAUCUCGCGCCGUGACAUUUCGGAAGUUGCAUCCGCGCUCUCUCUCUCGUUCAGCGGCCGUUCUCGCGUGGCGGACUUUUGGCCGGGAAAUCCGCGUUGCGCGCUACGCGACGACAGACAAGACGCGACGCGUCGCGCGCGUCCGCACGCACGCACGCACGCACGCACGCACGCACAACGGUGCUCCUCACGACAACGGUGCGCGCUUAUUACGCGCCAUCGGCACGCAGGUGCGAAGAGAUCUCGGUGGACGUAGCUAUCCCCGGUGUCGUCGUCUGCCGUCAUCGGUCUCCGUGGUUGCGUCGUGCUGAUCAUCAGCGGGACCGAGAGAGUGGCGCGGGUUAUACUCGCUCAAUGAACGCUUAGCGCUCUCGGUCACGAGGCAACGUCGCGUCCCCUUGCUCUCCUCCCCCUCGUUUCCCCCUGUCGUCCCGCCGGUGAUCGUCGAACGGAGCCACGAGACAAGCCAGGAUGCAUCCCAACCUGGUGGAAGCGCGGAUAGCCCUCGAGCACCAGAUACUCGAAGCGAUCGAUCAGCUGCGUAAGCGUAAAGCGCGUCCUGAUGCUGACCGCAUCUGCAACUUCCUACUGCGGAAGUACUCCGUGGACGCGCGGGACACGAUCGCUGAUCUGCACCGGCUGAUCGAGGUCGAGAAGGUGAUCCAGGUGGAUUACAAGGGUCACACGAGCUACCGCAACGCGUCCAAGUGGUCCCGGUUGCAGCUGUACAAGAACCGGCCGGAGGGUUUCAUCAAGGAGAAGCUGAACUCUAGCAUGAUAUCGACCGCGGUGUCCGAACUCGUCGUCGGCGAGCCGGACUAUCUGGACCAGGGCGUGCCCGCUUGCCGGCUGAUCGAGCAGCUGCUCGACGGCGUCUCAAGCCCGACAUCCCGACGCAUGGUCGAGGAGUUUCUCAACAAGGAGGUCGCAUGCGGCAACAUCACGCGCCUGUCCAACGGCAAUUACACGCUGGUGGCGACGUCCGACGUGUCGACGCCCGCGGCGCCGGACGCGCCGCGACGCGACUCUGCGACGUCGUCGGCCACCACCACCACCCCCGCCAGCGCGUCCCGCGGCUCCCAGCAGAACGGCAACUCGGCGCGACGCGUCGGCAAGGGUUCCGCCGCCAGCAAGACCGCCAGCAGUCGCAGCAGCAGCAGGAGUAGCAGCAGGAGCAGCAACGGCAGUGGCGCGGCUGUGAGACGGAGGAAAAAGGCGAUGAUGGCGGCGGCGACGCUCGCAGCUACGGCUACGAGUGCCACGACCACGACGACGACGACGACGACAACCACCGCCGCCAGCACCGCCGCCACCGCCACGCUGUCGGUCGUGCCGCCGACCGCAGCGAAGACAUUGACAGCUGCUGCGGUGGCGAAGACGCUCGCCGCCGCCGCGGCGGAACUUUAUGAGUUUGACGAGACCGACAAUCUCACGACUACCGACUCGAGGUCGAAUACACCAAGAUUGUCGCGGCAAACUAGCCCGAAGAUGGAUCAGCAGUCGGACCCGAAGAAGGAGUCGGACGAUUACUCGGAGAUACUUGUUGACAAGAGUAACAAUGUGAGCAGUAGCGUGUCGUCGCCGCCGCCGCCGCCGCCGCCACCGCAGCAGCAGCAGCAGGAGGUGAUGGAGUGCGACGACAAUCAGGAGUCACACGCUUCGCUGGUGGAGGCAACCGUCCCAGCAGCGCCCGUGGUCGAAGAGUCACCCAAGUGCAACGAUGUUGUCCAAACGACACCUAACCUCAAAAGGCCCACCAAAGCUGAGCGAAAGCAGCGUCUGUUCGCGAGAACGGAGGAUCCGAUGGAUAUGAAGUUCGAAGAUGAUCCCAGGGACAAUAAGGAUGAAUUGGAAGCGUUAAAGGAGAAGCGGGACGAGACGGAUCGACGAUCGAGCGAUGACCGUGAGGACGAGGAGGCCGGCAGAAGCUCAACCAACACGUCGCCGACGCCGUCCAACGUCAACGCCAGUGGUUUUCGCAGUGCGCGUAGAAAGAGAGCAAAGAAGGUCUUUGACCCCUCAGACAACAAUCUAGUGAAACGUAAACGUGGCAGGCAACCAGGUAGUCACAAUAAAAACACAUUAACGCAAGACUCUCAGGAUGUUAGCAAGGUACUCAUCAAGGAUGGGCCAUGCAGACAGUGUAGUCUUUGUGCCAAAGAGAAACCAGAAGCAUUGGUGGCUUGUCGAGAUUGUACAGUACGAGCGCAUCCGAGUUGCAUUUAUAGUCCGGAGGAAAUGCUUCAAAAAGCUAACAGUAACUGGCAAUGUGAGCGCUGCAAAAGUUGUACAGUAUGUUGCGAAACUUCCGAUGCUGGUCCCCUAGUAACUUGCUUCAGCUGUGACGAAGCCUAUCACUACUACUGCCACACACCGCGUGUCACAACACCGAAGUCAAGUUCCAAGUGGUACUGCAACGACUGUUUGCAGAAACAGUACAAGGCGAACGUCGUUAGUCAAAACAUGAAUUCGGUCAAUACGAGUAGACCGAACACGCCGUCCAACACGCCUGUCUUGCCACCGGUCCUUAGUCCGCAAGUCUCACCCGCCAGGGGCUCCGAUCAAAUGGAGGACGACACACCGAGAGACAAAAUCGAUCCGAACAUUCCGGAUGCUUCAGACUGGACCUCUGAGCAAGUGUACCAAUACUUUGCGAGGCUAUUCCCUAAAGAGGCCGAGGUAUUUAGACAUCAAGAGAUUGACGGUCACUCACUUCUCUUGUUGAAACGUUCGGAUGUGCUGACUGGACUUGACUUACUGCUGGGACCUGCAUUGAAGAUUUACCGACACGUCCUGAAACUUCAAGUGCGCAGAGACGACCCUAAGCUGUAUUGGUUAUAAUACAAGGACGACAUCGUGCAAGUGAUCAAAAACGCCGACUUUUUCACGGUGUUGUUCCCCAGUUAUGCAAUUUGUAUUGUGUACAAAUUGUGAGCCUUCAUAUUGAUUAAGAUUGUGACUUUAUCUGGUUUUCCGACUGGAGCCAUUUGAUCCAUGUAAAUACAAGAUAUGAUUUAUUUUUAUAUCAUUUCAGCUAUCGUCUCUUGCACGAAAUACGAUCGACCUGCGAACGGAAGUAUACACAUACAGGGACGGAACGCGAUAUAUCUAGGAAUAAAUUGGAAUAAUAACAAUAUUAUUUGCAGCAUGUUCUCUUGUACCUUUUGUAGGUACUUCGUCGCGUAACACAGCGUCUGUAUACAUAAAUAUAAACAGAGACAUGUAUGUAUAAAUAUUCUUACGCAUACAUGCGUCACAUAAUAUUUCAAUGUCAUUUAGACGCUGUCGUACCUCGAAGUACUCGUGAGAGAUUUAAGUGCGUUUUACGCUAAGUAGAUUGCAUUAUAAACUUAUGUAAUUUUAUAACGCAAUGCUUGUUACGCUAUAUUACAUUACGAUACGACAAACUCAUAUUAUAACAUUACGAUACGACAAACUCAUAUGCCUCAAAGUACUUACAUUGAUACAGAAAGCCCUACAUCCAAGUGGCGUUACGUUUUCAAAUAGUCGCGGAAAGUUCAAACAUGCUGCAGAUGUUAAUGCUAUUCGAAGUAUACACGUAAUCCUGAUCCCUGCGUAAUCGAUGUGUAUACAUUCCGUCACGUUCAAACGCGUGCCGUAUUUUCUAAGAAAAUGCAGAUAUUUUUCAUCAGAAUUGUUACUUGUUAAUCUAGGUCUAUAUUGAGAAUUCUAGACUGUUCGAAAGGAAACAAAAAGAAAAUGAAAAAAAUGUACAUUAAAAGAAGGUAAAAGCAGUUAUUUGAGAUGGAUUAUUUACACACCUUUGUAUUAUAACAAACUUGAAUUUUAUUAUUCAGUUUUACAUACAGAGGUAACACACAUUUAUCUGUAGGACAUAAUUAUGAGAUAUAUCGAGGAACAUGGUACUUUGGUUUUACAAUGUACUUUUCUAUGCAAUAAAUAUUUUGAUAUUUA